UAAUACAUCAUAAAUCGUGAAGCUCGGCGUUAUAACGACUAAGAUCUACAAAUCAAGCCCUCUAAAACAACCUAAAUGAGCUCUUACUUUGUAAACUCGUUCUCAGGGCGCUACCCAAAUGGCCCCGACUAUCAGUUACUAAAUUAUGGAAGUAACGGCAGCGCUAUGAACGGCUCGUACAGGGACUCCGCCACCAUGCACUCGGGCUCUUACGGCUACAACUACAAUGGUAUGGACCUCAGCGUCAAUCGUUCAACAACCAGCAGCCACUUUGGGGCUGUUGGGGAUGGCUCCCGGGGUUUCCAGUCUCCGGCCCCGGAGACUCGGUUCAGACAGCCUUCUAGUUGUUCGCUCUCAUCUCCCGAGUCCCUGCCCUGCGCAAACAGCGAGAAACUGGGACCCAAAAGCUCUUCUCCCCCUUCUGACCAGAGCACUACCACUGCCAGCAAUAACCACACCAACAACAACAGCACACAUUUCACAGAAUUAGACGAGACCAGCGCUUCUUCUGAGACGGAGGAAGGCACCCACAGAAGCAACAACACCCAUCCGCGGACACAGCAACAAGAAUCUACCGCAAGCUCCACAACAGCAUCGACCGAUGGGCAAGCGCCACAAAUAUUCCCUUGGAUGCGGAAGCUACAUAUUAACCAUGAUAUGACUGGACCAGACGGGAAAAGGGCCCGAACUGCGUACACCCGCUACCAGACACUAGAGCUGGAAAAAGAAUUCCAUUUCAAUAGAUAUCUAACCCGAAGGAGGAGAAUAGAGAUAGCCCAUGCGCUGUGUCUCUCGGAACGGCAAAUUAAGAUCUGGUUCCAGAAUCGGAGGAUGAAAUGGAAGAAGGACAAUAAGCUGAAAAGUAUGAGUCUUGCUACUGCAGGUAGCGCUUUCCAGCCCUGAUUUCACCCAAGUAAGGAUGUGGGGAGAAAUAAACAUGAGUAAAAACAAAACACUAUUCCUGAGUACUGUACAGCGCGGCACCUUUCUGCAUGUUGUUGGUGUUUUAGACAAUUUAAAAUUCUUCUGUGGUACUGCUAACACACAACUUGUGUUUAUUUGUUGUCGUUGUUUUUAUUAGCUACUAUGAUAGAUAUCAUUUGAAAAAAAGAAAUGAAAAAAAAAAAACUCAUAAACGCUCUCAGAUGCCCGUUGUUAUUGUUAUAUCGUUUGUGUAAAGUGCUGUACUGAAGCUUUCUUGAAAGUUAGCAUGUUUCAAGUGAGCUCGUAAAUGUUAUAACUUAUUUACAAUCUAUAACAACUGUACAGUUUUAAGUUUACGGUUUAGAGGCUCCUUUGCCAUGUAACGAAAUAAAUCAAGCUUCACUUGUGGCUGAUGCACUGCUCUUGCAGGAGCCUCAGUGUGUCACACAUUCUGGUUAUUUUAUGCUA